AUGGCGUUGGAAGAAUGCAGAACUGAGGCAAGCAUUGGAAUAGAAUUUUCGGAAAGCGACCAUGAUUCGACUAUAGGCGAAAACACGAAUUCCACUUCAGUAAAGACUGCUGCUCAGGGUGAUAGUUGUUCACCGUCUGAGAAGCGGAAACGGAAACGCAUUUCACCGCACUCGACACCAAAAGUAGCAGAAGGUAGGUUAAACACUAGAUAGUUAAAAUGUUGUUGAACAAUGGCAAACGUGCAGAAGAGCUGUUCACCAUCAUAAUUAUAUGUCGACAUGGCUCAAAUUUCACAUUAAUGCGGAAAAGAGCCAGUUUUGUACGCUCAAAAUUACGCUCUCACAGCCUUGUAUGUAGCAACUUAGCCGAAGCCAAACGAGCUGUUAUGACACUGAACAGAAAUAUUCUCCAUUUGGCUGCAACAUGCAUGCAUCUAUCAUAAACAAAUAUCAUAUGAAGUUGACGAUAUGGAGAUCAGUAUAUCACCUUCCUUUCAUAGUAAUUUGUUAUGGUAUCCGAUUAACUAUCCACCACAACAAACUUGCCACCGGUGGUGAAUUGACUCGUUGACAAUCUUAGAGGCACAACCAAAACAUAAAUCUUUGUUAAAUAUGCUUUUAUAUACUGACAAGAACACUGUUUGUCUCUUUGUGAAGAACUUGUCUCAGGCUGUUGCCUAAGUACUAUACAUAUAAAUAGACCUUCUCUUUUAAAGCAAUUGCAUCAAUGUUGUUGAGUAUUUGACAAUUAAGUCUCAUGGUGCCGUGGAUCUGGCUCCAGUUGUUCAAGGGUUGGAUAGCGCUAUCCACUGGAUAAAACUCUUUCCAAUGGAAAAUGCUAUAUGUUUUGCUAUCACUUAUCUGCCGGAUAGUGAUUUAUCCACUGGAUAACAUUAUCUGCCUUUUAUACAACUGGACCCAGUACAUUAGAAGUUCACGUAUGAUGUCAAAAUGCGGUCAGAACAAAAAAUGGGAACACAAGGUUUAACCAAGUGUGACAAUGAUGCUCUUACCACAUUCUUACUUCUUCUGUAAUCUAUUAUUGAACAGACACAUGUACAAAUACAUGUAGAAUCUAUUUGUUUUAUAUGAUAACAAAGUAUCAGAGCAAAUUUUUCUUAAUGGCAAGGUCAUCCAUAAAUUUGACCUCCAAUAGAUCAUAGGUAAGAACUAAUGAAAGUGUGUGUGUAAUUUAGGUUGUUAUGUGUAUAUGCAAUGUCACAUAUACAGUGUAGGCUUGAAGAUAUGAAUUUUUUUUGAGAGAGAGAGAUAAAAAAAAAUCUGGUUCUCACCUGUUGGCAUCUCACCUGUGUUAAGUCAAAGAAUUAAAUUCAUGCAUUUAAGCACCAAUGAAUAAUUUUGUUUACUGUGUGGACAAAAAAAAAAUUAAUCAAACUUGUAGUCAUUUUUAUACCACAAAUAGUGAGCCAAAGGCUAACUUCACAUGAAAAUCAUGCAGUUAUACAUUGAACAGCCUAGAACAGUUCAUUCUGACACUGAGCUUUUGCAAACUUUAUGAAUUGAUUGCCUACCACUUUCCAUUGACUAUUUGCACAACAAACUAGGCAAUAACAGGAGUGUUGACAUACAAGCUUGCCUCUCUGCUCCUAGACAGACUAUAAAACAAAGAAAAAGGCACAAAGUGUCAUCAGAUGAGUUGGAAAAAAACUCAACUGAUUUAAGACUACAUGUAUUUCCUAGGGUUUCAUGUAUUUGUGCAGUAUCCUCCAAAGGUGCUUAGUGUUCAUAUUAUCACUAGUGUCUCUUCUAGUGAAAAACCAUUUCCUACUUGAACAUAAUAAAAGCACAUACAGACUGUAUGCUCCAGCUAGAGGUGAUUAUGAUAAAAUCAUUAUUGAGUUAGAGGCAGCUCUUAGAGAGAGAAUGAGUCGCAAAGACUUGAGACCAAUAUUGUGAACAUUGCUAUAUACAAAUAUCAUCAUCCAGUUAUUGGAUUGCAAAACGUUUCUCCUAAUCUUACAGUACAAAAUUUAUUUCUAGGGUUUGGAGAUAGCAAAGCUGGAGAGCUUUUGAAAAAGAUCCCAGAGCUUGAAGAUGUAUUCACCUUACUUUCAAAAGUGGGAGAAGGUAAAUUUAUGAAGCUUAGUUUUAUCUAGUGUUUCUACAUGUAUGAUGAAAAAAUCAUUUUCUCUUUCUUUCCCAAUUUCUAUUAUAUUCUUGCCAAAAAAAACUUGAAACAAAAACCUUGGUCAAGUGACAAGUUAAGUUUCUAUCAACUAUGAUUUGCUGUUUAACUAUCCACCAUUACCAGAUGAUGUUUUGUCAACUUGCAUUAAGAAAGAUGGAUGAAGAGGGGAAGUGACAUUCUUCAACAUCACUUAAUCAUGCAUAUAGAUGUAUGAACCCUACCCUAUUUGUACACAGCACAAGAUUUUCAAGCUUUUAAAAGUUCGUUGUAAUUUAACCCUUUUGGAUACAAAAAUUGAGAAAGGUUGGAGACGAGUGUAUCAUUGUCGUUCUUCAAGGAAAUAGAGAAAGUUUAAAUUUUAUGUCAUUUUCUUAUAUCUAAGCAGAAAUUUUUGUAUUAUCCAGGUACCUUUAGUAAUGUCUACUUGGCAAAAAUGAAUAGAAUACCAGAUGAAUUAUGUGCACUGAAACAUAUCAUACCUACAAGUGGCCCAGGAAGAAUUGAAAAUGAAUUGAAAUGCCUUCAGGAUAUUGGGUAGGUUGAAAAGGUUACUUUUCAGUAACACAAGAAGCAAAAACUUACACGUCUCACUUAAAUCACACUAAUUCAUGAAUUACAAUGCUUUACACAAUAUUAUUAUUUGUUCCAUCAAUUCCAAGAAGUGGCGGUGGGCCUUAUCUCCUAACAGUAUCAAUGCACUCUAAUAAGAGCAAAGAAAAGUAAAGUUCAAGGGGUAUUUAAUAUAAAGAUUCAUUAUUAAUACAUUUAAUAUAAGGCCAAAUUCUUGGAGCCUACUCUACAUGAGUUGUGUAUGAAAAUCUUGGAGGUGAAAGAGUGUAGAUAAGGAUUAGCUAGCACUUCUAGCAAAACUCAAACAGAAGAAGGACUUAGACAACUGAAACUACAUGUACAUGUAGAUGCGUGAUACCAAUGCCUGCACAUAAAAUUAAAUGGGUAAGAUUAGGUCUCAGAAUCAGGUGAUAAUUAUAGGGCAACUAGGGAACAGAAAGCACAACAGGAUGGAUGAAAAUACUCUGUAUUAGUGCAGGCAAUUAUCCUAAACUAGAAAGCUACAGCUUGUUGUAUUACUUUCUCUCUUUUCUUUUUUCCAGAGGUACUGACAAUGUGAUUGGAGUUCUAUCAACUUUGCGACGGGAUGACAACAUAGUUUUUGUUUUACCUUACUUUCCACAUCAGAGUUUUCAGGUAAGUGCAUAGUUAGUGGAAUGAAUAAUUUCCACACAGCACUUUGAUCAUGAACUCAGUAACACACACAUUUUGGUCUGACUUUGUAUGUAUUUAACACUGUAUUCUACUAACUUUAUCCUUAAGUAUAGUUUGACCUUUUUCUUCUCUUUUUCAAAAUAAUGUAUGUUUCUAUACCAAGCUACCAUACUAGUAAAAUGAAGUUGUUAUAAAUUGUUUUUACCCAUUUCUUUUUUGCAGGAGUAUUUUCUUGAAAUGAGUAUGUGUGAAAUCAAGGAUUACAUGAGAAACUUAUUCAUUGCCUUGCAAAGAGUUCAUUCUUUUGAAGUCAUUCACAGAGAUGUGAAACCAAGCAACUUUCUUUACUGUAGAGAUACAGGAAGGUGAGAGGAGACAUGAAUGAUUCAGAUUCUUUUGGAGCAACUGUAGUUUUUAAGUUCCCUCUUCAGAAAAGUCAACAAAUUCCACAGUUACCAAAGUCAAAAUUUAAGUGGUGUACAGAAUGAGGCUCCAACUGACUGUUGAUGCACCAUCUACUUCUUCAGCACCAUAGGGGAUUUCAAGAUAAUGUCUACAAAACAGGAAUAUAAUUCUCUUUUCCAUGAUUCUUCAGUUCAUUGACAUAGCUACAGGGCUCCAUGUCAAUAUUUUUUUCAUUUUCUCCAUUUGUCAACCUAAAUCAUAAGAUGGUCACAGAACACAAUUUUGCCAGUACAUCAUACAUGUAUAACCCUGUGCAAGGUAAUAUCAGUUUUAAAAAGUGACAAUCACCUGAGGCUGGUCAAGUGUUUUAGGACAAAGAUAUAAUAAACCUUUGAUUGAACCCACUUCUAUCUGUGAGUGUCAAAUUUCUUGAACAAAAGUUAUGCAACUGUGGCAUUGAAUUACAGAUACAGACUUGUAGAUUUUGGCCUUGCUAUGAAGGUACCUGGGAGUUCUAAUUCUCUUCUAGGUAAAGUAUGUGUUUCAUUUAUGCAUGUAUUUAGAAGUCACCACCAUAUCCAGUUUCAGAAACAUGCACUUGAAUCAAGCACUGUCUCCAUUUAAACAGCGACAUAUCUGGAAACAUAAAUUGAGCUCCAACCUAGUCUCAUUUUCAAGAAUUAAAAAGAAUAGUAGUUAUAUUAGGAAAGAUGUAAUAAUUAAGUUUGAAUUUCAUAUUUUUAGUGUUCAAACAAAUAAAGACUAUACAUUCCAUGGACUUUAGACGAUAAUGAGCCACAAGCUGACAAUGAUGCAGAGUGGACUGUAUUGCACCUUUAUUAAAAUAGGCAUCAAAAUUGCAAGAACUUUCUAAUGGACAUAAAAGAAAUGAAAUUGUUGUUGUAUUACUUAUACUUCAGACUCUCAAAAGAACAAUUGAAGAAACCGAAACGAGGCCACCAUCAAUCUCCCAAGAACACAACUCAGCCCAGACGUCGUAGCUCACGUUUGUCCCCUCAAACUGACAACAAGGACCAGCCAGCAAGUAAAGUUGCCGAGGAAGGUGUACUAAAGCCACGUUGUGUAAACUCAGCCAAUUGGCAGUUUACCCAUCAGACGAGAGACUUUAAAGUUCCAGCCAAAAAUGCAACGUCAAAUUUAAGAAGAACUUCCAAUGAGAAUUCAAAAUCUAAGGAGUUUUCAUUCAAGGCAGCACAAGUGUUGUGUCCCCUGCGACAUGGCCCCAAAGAGGUUUGCACUGUUUGUAUGGCAAGGUAAAUUACUAAACUUUUUUAGACUUUUUCUCUUUUUGGCGUCAUCAUUAAAAUUAUUCACCAGAACAGACAUGUAGUUAUUGAUAGUUUCACCCUCUUAAUACCCAGGAACGAUCAAUAUGUGCAUGUAGCUACUCCUAAAAAUAUUAAUUCAUCAUUCACCGUCUUUCUGAUCCUGUUUACUCACACGAAGCUUUGACAUUGCUAAUCUUCGCGUUAUGCAGGACGUCUGUUAUAUAUUAACCUACAUUGUGGUAAUGGCCCACAUUGUAGCUCAGCAAAGCGUCUCUGGGUCUCAGUGGUAGAGCUACAGGUUUUGACAAGACGAGAAGACAUCUUUCUCUGCUAUCAAUAUAUUUUUAAACAGAAACACAAACUACAGGUUAGGAACAAAAUCAGUUUUGGAAAAAAAGGUUUGGCCUUGUCUAAUACCAAGGUCAGUUUUGAAAGGCAUAAUGUACAUAUAUAAGAAGAUAUGUUAUACUAAUUAACAGUCCUUAAUUCAAUGAUGCACAUACAUUGUGACGGUGGAAGUUUUAAUUCGAAAGUAGUCUGAACUCUCAUAUUUCAGUGACAAGACGUAAAUUUAAAUUUGUUGCAGGGGUCAUCAAAACACUCCACGCGCCGGUACACCAGGAUUUCGCUCUCCUGAAGUAUUACUCAAAUACCCUCACCAGUCCACGGCCGUGGACAUUUGGUCAGCAGGGGUCAUAUUUCUUUCCAUACUUAGCGGUAGAUACCCUUUUUUUAGAGCGUACGACGACAUGACCAGCUUGGCACAAAUUAUGACUUUGUGUGGAACCGAUGCUGCCACAAGAGCAGCUUUCAAAUUGGGUAAGAAAAUCUUGUUAACGAGGUUGUUGUUACUGUGUUGGUUAAAGUUGUUACUUUAACUGGCUGGAAAACGUUAGUCCUGUUUCAGUGUACAUGUAAUUAAGUUCCGAUUUUAAAGCAGAUGGCAAAACCUGAUCUUUUGCCGUCUCUUUGUGUACGUGUACUCUUUGAUUGCUCCAAAGAGAAGAUGUACCUUCCCCAAUAAUAAAAGAUCUCUCCUACUUUUUGUUAAGUUUACUUUGGGAUUAGACAAAAAGCAUGAUCAAAGGCAAUUCUCGUCGCUCGUAUCAUUCUUCUUUUACUCUCACUUGUGUGUGAUUUAAGAUUAUUAUCAUGUUUUGAGUUAGAGUCACAGCUUACAGUUACCGUGCUUGUUACUUUCGCUCGUAAAGUCUUAUUAACAUUCCUUGCAGGCAAGGAUCUUCAUUGUAGUGCCGAAAGUCCAUGUGGAAACCUUAAAAUACUUUGCACAAGACUGCGCAGUCGCGCUAGCAAAGAGCCAACCGUGAAAUGCUGUGUGAAACAGUGUAGUCGAGCAGACACGGACCAAUCAGCUCCUGCAAAGCGCCGUAAAAGAAGAUCGACUUCUCCGUCAAGCUCUCAAACAGAAACACCCGUGGGUUCAAAUCUGUGGCAUCGACGCUGUAAGAUAUGUCAAAAACAAAAUCCAUAUUGUUGUAUAUCGAUUGAAACUGACAAAGAACUCACUGUUAAAACUAGUGAGCAAUCGGACGUUUUUCGGCCCAUGCAUGUCGACGGCAGUGAAUGUGACUGUACCUGUUGUAAAUGUUGUUGGACGCUUGAAGACACUGCAUAUGAGCUUUUGGAGAGAUGCCUUGAUCUUAACCCGCAUACUCGUAUCACUGCAGCGGAAGCUUUGGAGCAUCCUUUCUUGAGGGAUUGA